CGGCUGCUGGGCGUAUUCGAGCAAAACCAGGACCGGAAGCACCGGACGUACGUCUACGUGCUGACGGUGACGGAGACGCUGGAGGCCUGGGAGGACUCCGUCAACAUCGGCCGUAAGCGGGAGUGGUUCACGGUGGACGAGGCCAUCAAGGUGUUGCAGAGCCACAAGCCCGUCCACGCGGAGUACCUGCGGCGGCUCCAGCUGAGCUGCUCGCCCACCAACGGCAACUCCUUACCACCCGGACCCCCGCCCAAUGACAACUACCCCCACUACAGCGCCCCCGCCCCCCCCACGUCCACCGUUCUGGGGUCCUCGUGCAGAUAGGACUGCUCCACCCUGACCCCCCCCCCCCCCCCCCCCCCCCUGGCCUCCACUUUACUGUCCGGCCGCAGAACGUCUGUACAGUCUACUUGCAUUUUCUCUCUUUUCUGUUUCGGCAUGUCUGUGCUUUGGGUUUCUGUUCCGGUUUAUUGAGUAUGAGAAUUGUUUCUAAGCUCCGCCCCCUCAACCAAAGCCGGACCCCGGCGCGGUUUGGCGGUUGAACAUUGCUAGCAUACAUGCUACCCCGCCGCGCCGAGGGGAUGCUAACGGACAAACUGACAAAACAAGGAGAGGAGAGGAAGGAAACAAGGAGAGGAGAGGAAGGAAUCAAGAGAUGGGCUCAUGAUGUGUUGGACGCCUUAAAGGCUCGUCUGUGAGAAUGUUCGUCCACUUUGGUUUUUAGUUGCAUUAUCUGACGGUAAACUCAAGAUUAGCCCUUAACUUAAGAUGAUUGGUUGCUAUGUGGGCUUGGAUCUGUGAAAGGACGUCGCCUUUGAUUUAUGAAAAAUAACAAAAAACGGAUGGCCUGAAAGUUAUAUUUAUUAGUAUUAUAAUCUCGAUAAUUACCUAGUUAUGAAGUAUUUACUGAUCAAAAUUGUCUAAGGUUUUAGGCGCUAAGUUUAAAUUGACCUUUGUUAGGGGGUUGAAUGGUGAGUUGGCAGGUUAACGAGGUCACCGUAACUUACUCUGAGCGGAGGGGGUCAAAGGUUAAAGGUCAUGGCAUCCCACUGUACUCGACGCGUGCCGGGGGGGAGGGGGAGGGGGGGGGGGGGGGGGGGGGGCGCUACCUCACAACUGAACUGAUAACUGGAAAGUCGCCCAUCGGCACAAAGCCGCAGAUUAAGUCCUCGCUCCCGCGGUUAGCCUCUUCAAGCUAACUCGUCUGACAAGAAACCAACCCGACAGAUGGGUCGUUUGUCGCUUUAACGCUCCACACACACACACACACACACACACACACUCAAACACACCUUUAAUCAGUUUAUAUAUUUUCGCCCAAUCCCUGACCUCGCGUUGGGAGAUUGUUCGGGAUGUAUUUAACGGUGCAAAGUCUCUAUCUCUGUCUUAAAAUCAUUUAUUUCUUCUUUUUUUAUGGUGAUCACCUUAAAUGAUUGAUCCCUGCCGUCUCCACACGGCCGAUGUGUGCGGGCGAUCCUAUCAGAACAACACAUAGCAGGUUUACCCUAACAUCUGGCCUCUGACGAACAUGUUGUCACUGAUACUACUCAAUAGUACAGAGUAAAGUGCUUUGGACCUGGGAUAGCCUACAUCUGCAUACUCACGAAUAUAAUUAUCAACAGGAUCUGUUUCUCGUAAGCCUAAUAUCAUGCUCUUGUUAAAAAAAUAUCGAUCAGGUUGAAAAUAUUGAACUAUUUAAAGAAUUGGCUAAUAGCUGUCUACUAAUGAAGGGCUUGCCUUAACUGCUCUCUCCACUCUACGUGAAUAGAUUUCACCUUUUACAAUUUUACAAGAUUUAGGGAUAAAAACUGAAAUAAACAUGUUGUCUCUGAAACAGAAGCCUGUAGUUUAGUGGAGUUAACGUUUAAGGAACACGUUGUUUAAAUACAGGUGAGGGCACCGGUGUGAGGGUUUGUUUUAUAUACUUGGGGGAAUCGCCAGGUGACAGUCAUGUGUUGACAACCUGCAUAUUUAUUCCCGGUCUGUAGAAGUCGCUUCUUUAACUUGAAAAACUCUGAUUGCUGUACGAGGUCCGACCGACCGGCUUAUCGUCUUCCAACUGUCUGGACUCAAACCCCUGCGACCGAUUUCUAUGCUGACCAAUGAAUGAUGACUGAAACCUUUAACGCGGAAAACGGCUUGUAAAUAGAUUUGAAGAGAAUUUAUGUUGUGAGAGUAUGUUUUAAAAAAGAAAUGUUGCGGAAAUAGUGACCAGGAAUGCACAUCUGCAACUUGUCUUCAUAUUUUAUAUAUUUGUUUUUUUGUUUGUCUUUUUAAUUUUUAACAAUGUACAAAGAAGGAAAGAGAAAGAAAAAGAGAUGUGAAAAGAUCCUUCUGGAAAUGUGUUGAUGUGUUGUUGAUGAUGAGUGGUUUGGAUAUGCUUCAAGAUGAUGGUUGUUGCUUGUGACUUGAUGUGGGUAAUGUGGAAAAUGUCAAUGUCAGAAAGAACUGCAUUUUGAAGGCUUUUUAUAGGGAAGUGAUCAGACCUGAUCAAUGAAUGAAGAGCAUUUCAGAUCAAAAACAAAUCCAGGGAAACUCGAUAUGAAUAUGUGAAUAUGUAAACAAAUGAGAAAAAGUUAUUCCUCAAACAAUCAACCAACCCGAAAUACCAGGAUUAUUCAAAUAUACAUAAUGGUUUUUGAAAUGCAUUGCAUAUACAGAAUGGUCUAGCAAGCUGUUGAGAGUAUCGAGGGUUUUGGGUUUCUAGGGUUUACCAUAAACGAUGAUGAGAGGAUUAUGAUCUAAAAAAAGAAGGUGUAUGUGUGUUUCUACAAGGCAGAGAUGUUUAGCCUGUUUAUUUCACGAGGUGAAACCCGCCCCCUACUGGUCGGUGGGCGCAGUGCAUCAAAACAGACAACAUGAGGCUGCACAGUGUCUUACCUUAGCGGAGGGGUGAACUUCAGUGUCUGUCGAUAAAGUUGUUUUUGUAUUUAUUAUUGUUCACACACUUAGGGAGCACAUCACCUCUAGACACAGGCUAGCGGCUCUGGACAUCUCACUGACUCAAACACGUUGGUUUGGUUUGGAUGAGUGUGAAGAGAUUCAAACUCUACGUGAUGUCCUUUAAUGAAAUCAAAUUCGUCAAAAGUGGCAUAUGGAACUAAAUGUUUCCCAAAACUUGUUGGAAUUUGUUUGUAAUACUGGAUCCAGAUUUAUGAGAAGGAAAAAUAAUUAGAAACGAUUUGAUAAUUGAAAUGAGACCCCGUUUAUUUUGUGUUUGGGAGAGAGAGAAAGAGAGACUACAGAUGUUACGUGAAUCAACGAAAUGAAAACAUUCUUGUGCCAAAAGAAAUGUCAGUUUGGUGGAAAACAUAAAAAUGUGCAUAUCCGGCCGUUUAAUCCUUAUUUGACUAAUCAAAUAAAUCCUUAACCGUUUAAUGGAAUAUUCUUUAUAAUUAUGAACUAAUAGAAUACUUAACAUUGUAUGAUUAAGAAAAUUAUGUCAUCGAUUGUCUUCAAUCAGUUUUAAUAACAUAAUAAAUAUCAACUUAAACAUAUACUACCAGGUCAUCCACAUUUUGAAAGUGUUGAACAAAGAACGUUGUGCGAUGCAGCCGUCCUAUAUGUGCUGUCGUCACAUAUCUGGUGGUUGUGCUUGAACCUAUAAACCAUUGAGAUCACACCCAGCCCAGAGCCCAGGUUAAUUAAUCCACUUGUGGGCCGACGUUCAGAUCUGUCUCAUCAAAAGAGGGGCUGUCACACCAAAACUGUACCGCGGGCAAAAAUUGUACCGCAUACGUAACCCGAGUUCGAAACAUAACGUCAUCGUUCGACGCGAUUGUCCGUUGCCAGGCAGUUUUAAAAAAACAUUCACGCUCAUGUUGCCAAAGACGAAAUAACAUAAUACAGAUAACACUUGUUUUUACUUUAUAUUUUUGUUUUGAAUUUAGCUAGCAGCUGAGUGUUUAAAGUGUGUCAUAGUCUAGCUAGCUUGUGUUAAUACACUCAGUUUACUAGCUAAAUGCGGUUAAACAAUUUAAUACAAUACAAAUAUAAAGUUAGCAACGCUAAUAAAUGUAAUUUGUAAAAUAAGUGUUAUCUGUUUAGCGUUAUUUCGUCUUGUGACGCUCAAUGAAUGAACGCUACGUCAUCGUUCGACGCGAUCUUCCGUUGCCAGGCAGGAUGGAUCAGCCGAGCAGUUGGUACGGUCCAGUGGGCUAGCAAAAGCCACUCAAAUCACAGUUGGUACGGUCCAGUGGGCUAGCUAAAGCCAAUCAACAUCACAGCUGGUACGGUCCAGUGGGCUAGCUAAAGCCAAUCAACAUCACAGCUGGUACGGUCCAGUGGGCUAGCUAAAGCCACUCAACAUCACAGCUGGUACGGUCCAGU